AUGGUUGAGAAAUUACUGGAAUUGGACCCAAAUGACUCCAUGCUAGCCAUUGCUAACAUGAUGAAAAAGAGGAUUAUAAUGCCUGCCCACCUAAUGUACGAUGGGUGCGAUCCACAUCUAUUCGAGCACUUUGCUGUUGUGGCUCAAAGGUUAGAAGUGUAUACAAGACAUGAUUAUGCGGAUAUAUUGGAGUUUUUGAUCGAUCGAUGGGCAUUGGAAAAACUUAAAGGAAUUAAGGGCGAGGCGAAACGUGCACAAGACUUUGUGUGUGGAUUACCACCUAAGAUAAAAAGGUUAAAAGAGAGCAGAUGA